UCAAACACAAAUUCAUCACAAAAACAAACACAAAAAGAAUCAAACAUAUUCAACCGACAAAGACAGAGACAUCAUCAUCAUCAUGGAUCAAAAGAAAUCUAACAAAAUCAGAGAAAUUGUUAGACUUCAACAGAUCCUUAAGAAAUGGAGAAGAAUAGCAAAUUCAUCAAAGACAACAACCUCAACAACUACAAACAACAUAACAAACAGCAAAAGCAUGAAGUUUCUGAAAAGAACACUUUCUUUAUCAGAACGUGAAGGAACAAUAACAUCAUCAAACAAUGGUUCUGUUCCAAAAGGUUAUUUAGCUGUUUGUGUUGGAGAAGAACUUAAAAGAUUUAUUAUACCAACUGAAUAUUUGGGCCAUCAAGCUUUUCAGAUUCUUUUGAGAGAAGCUGAAGAAGAAUUUGGAUUUCAACAAACUGGUGUAUUGAGAAUUCCUUGUGAAGUUUCUGUUUUUGAGAGUAUUUUGAAAAUGGUUGAAGAUGGAAAGAAAAAUGAUAAGUUUUCUUCUAAUCAAGAAUGUAGAUCACUUAACAUUGAAGAAAUGAUGGGUUUUUGUUCUUUAGAAAAUCAACUUGCUUGUUCUCAUCAUCCUCAAAGUCCAUUGUGCAGAUAAUUUGAUAGAAUGUUGCAAAUUUUUAUCCAUUAAAUUUGUCUUUCUCUGUGUUUUUUUCUUUGUUUUUUUAUGCUCUUUUAAAAAAAUUAUGUAUGACAGAAAGAGAGAGAGGGGGGAGGAGAGGGGUGAGUUUAAUUAGAUGUAAACAUAUUUGA